UCAAUUCUGCAAGUAGUUCUAAUUUACUAUCGCUGUUCUCUAGCUGAUCUAAAAUCGCUUUUGACCUAAAGGGACGCUUUUUGGAUGCCAUGGACGUUUCUCAGUUUCCAGGCAGAAAGAACAGUAAAAAUGCAGGCAGGGCACAGGACAAAGCACUCGGGACAAAAUGUAUGUGAAAUGGUUUGAUACAUGAAAGUCACUUUUUGUCAUUUUCAAAUUUCCCACCGUUCCGUCCCCCCGUACGUCCCGACGCUCGCAGGGGACGGAACCCAGAUGACAGAUGCCGGCAUCCGCCGGAUUACAUUGCCGGGGACACUGCAGGAGGGACAU